CUAAGUCUACAUUUAAGAACAUUCAUUGGGACUUUGAGUGUCCAUUUAAUGAAAAUUAUAAGAAUAAAUCGAUAAAUUAAAGGUUCUCACCGCUCCAACCCUUCCACGUGAAACAAUGCAUACCAACUCUUCUUUAAUUUGUUUACAAAUGCAGCGCAAUAGCCACGACCUAGCGUCCGUUGGGAACCGUAGGUCAACGUCUCAACAGUUACCAUCCUCGGAUGACCGUUGUGGUGUGAAGCUAAUUAGUGGUAAAUUAUAUUAAACACACUUGAGAAGCUCAUUAGCCCAGACCGCCAAACUGACACCCACAAGACACACCUCCCCAUGCACAAACUUCCCUAGCCCCCUCGCCCCACACUAACUGCGUUCGACGCGCGCCUAGUGUAGCAGCAAGCAUUAUGACUGUCAACGAAGCAGCAGCAUUGAAACGAUGGGAUGAAAUAUGAAACCGACCAGCGAGCUCAUCACUUCCUGGAGGAGAAAAUGUGCGUUGCCGUUUGCUUUUCCGCCGGGAAGGCUGGGCCGGAAAAAGCGUUACCGUUAACGAGGACAUAUGCGGCGGACGCUCGCCAUAUUAAUCUUCUGCCAGCGCGGCGGAAGGCACCAAGGCACCGAGGCACCAAAAAGGGCCGACGAGCCUACUACCGCAGUGUAAUUCGAUUAGCUCUAUUAUGUGCAAUAAAUAUGUGCCGUCUUCUGCCGACCUGCUCAAGUCGGUGAUCUGACUUCGGCGUGCAAACAGUGACUCCUGCAGUGGGUGCAGAUAGUAGCGAGCAGUGUGUGUGUUUAGUGUAGCAAAAGAGUGAUCCACGAAGGCAACACACGCGGGGCGCUAGUAGUUUUUCUUCCCCAGACCGUUUCCACAGAAAUUCCUCAAAGAUGCCGUACUACGGUCCAAUGCAACAGCCCGGGCUGUGGGGCCAGCCGGUGGCCAACCUGACCGUGGUGGACAAGGUGCCGCCCGAAAUUAUGCACCUGGUCGAUCCGCACUGGUCCCAGUUCCCGCCGAUGAACCCGCUGUGGCACUCCAUCAUCGGGUUUGUCAUCUUCGUGCUGGGCGUGGUGUCGAUCAUCGGCAACGGCAUGGUGAUCUACAUCUUCUCCACCGCCAAAUCGCUCCGCACACCGUCGAACCUGUUCAUCGUCAAUCUGGCCCUGUCGGACUUCCUGAUGAUGGGCACGAACGCGUUCACGAUGGUGUACAACUGCUGGUUCGAGACCUGGUCGCUCGGGCUGCUGAUGUGCGAUCUGUACGCGUUCUUCGGUUCGCUGUUCGGCUGCUGCUCGAUCUGGACCAUGACGAUGAUCGCGCUGGACCGGCACAACGUGAUCGUGCACGGUCUGUCCGGCAAGCCGCUCACCAACACGGGCGCCAUACUGCGCAUCCUGCUCUGCUGGCUGAUCGGUGUCGUGUGGGGCAUACUGCCGAUGCUCGGCUGGAACCGGUACGUGCCGGAGGGCAACAUGACGGCCUGCGGUACGGACUACCUGACCGACGAUUGGUUCCACAAGUCGUACAUACUGGUGUACUCGGUGUUUGUCUACUACACGCCCCUGUUUACCAUCAUCUACGCGUACUUCUUCAUUAUUAAGGCUGUAUCGGCGCACGAGAAAAACAUGCGCGAACAGGCGAAACGGAUGAACGUACAGUCCCUGCGCUCGUCGGACGAUGGCAAGAGCACCGAGAUGAAGCUGGCCAAGGUGGCACUGGUAACCAUCUCGCUGUGGUUCAUGGCCUGGACACCGUACACGGUGAUCAACUAUACGGGCGUGUUCAAGACGGCCAGCAUCACACCGCUGGCCACCAUCUGGGGUUCGGUCUUUGCCAAAGCGAACGCCGUCUACAACCCGAUCGUGUACGGCAUCAGCCAUCCCAAGUACCGGGCGGCCCUGUUGCGCCGGUUCCCAUCGCUCGCCUGCAGUGAUGGUCCACCGGCCGACGAUAAAUCGCUCGCCUCCGAAGCGUCCGGCAUUACGUCGGCCGGCAACCCAACCACAGCGUAAAGCCCGACAAUGGACGUAAGGGGUGAAAGCUGAGGAAAUACCCUCCCAGCACCCUGCAUAGUGAAACUGAUGCGCUGUUUUGCUUUGAAAGGAAAAAUGGACUCUCAGGAUAGAUGCCGAACGAAACGCGCUAGCUUUCUUAGUAGGAGACUGUCCUUCCGUGUGAGUGUGUGGUAAGGGAUUGUGAUGUAUUAUUAUUAUUAUUAUUAUUGUGAACAUAAUUGUUUCUUUUGUGCAAAUAAACUUCAACUUGUUAUCAUGCUACAGUGGAGCGACACUUUUGUUA